GCAAUGUCCCCGCCCCUCCGCCUGACCGUUGUCCUCCCAGGUCUGGUUCCGUCUUCGCAACUUCUGGCACAUGCAGUCGACCACCUCCCUUGGCUCCUCCAAAAGCGCCGUCAGCAGAGACAUCCAAGAUGAGCUCAUGAGCAAGGGCCGCAAACGCCUGCGCGACAUGGGUCCAAAGAAGUGGUCGCUACCCUACCCGCUGGUCCCGACAGACGAGCAGCAUAUCUAUGACAACUGGAAUUGCCUCUUCCUGGGCGGCCUGGUGCGCGCCGUCUCUAUGCACCAUUUCGAGACGCCACCUAGUAGGGUACUUGAAUUGGGUUGUGGGACUGGAGUCUGGGUACUUGAGGCAUGCAAGCUGUGGCCAAACGCGUCCUUCGUUGGACUCGACAUCAUCAAGUGUCAGCCAGAUUUGUCCUCUCCCGAGAUUGGGCGGACCGACCUGGCCCCCAGAGUGACAUGGGUGAACGCUGACUUCUUGGAGCCUAUGCCGUUCAGAGACGGUCAAUUUGAUUUUGUUCGCAUGUCACAUAUCGCUCUGGGUGUGCCAGAGGAUGAGUGGCAGUAUCUUUUCGAGGAAUGUGCGCGCAUUCUGGAGCCUGGUGGUAUCAUUGAGAUGGUCGAGGACGAUCUGAUAUUCCCUUGUGGGCGCCCUCCUCACAAAGCGCGAGAAGACGAUCGCGCAAGCCAUUCGACUGGAUCGUCCAAAGUUCCUCCCAAUGAGGCUCUCACGAGCGUCUCCACUUUCAGCUUCACAUCCACCGGCAGCCCUUCAGUACACUCGUCCGAUCACAAACUUGUCUCGCCCGAGCCAACUCCGCCCCCCUCCGCUAUCUCUUACUCCGCGAGCAUUGACUCGGUGCAAUCGCAGCCCCGACAGGCCGACCAAUACACACAGAAGGACCCCGAGCGGAACGCUGACAAAAAGGACCAUACGCGGCUCAUCAAGGCCUGGGACGCGAUGCUGCACAACCGGUUCCUGGCGCCGCAAGUGAGCUCCAUCCUGCCGUUCUACCUCUCUACGUGCUUCAGCGACAUCCGGAUGAUGCCCUCGCUGCACAUCUUGCUCCCGCCGAGCACGGAGCAGCUGAACAACAACAAGGAGUCGUUCGACCUACCGGGUCAGGGGAAGGAGACGCCGGAGGACCUCGCGGAGCUCUACUUAAGCUUGCAGCUGCAUGGCAACAAGCUCUCCGUGGAUCGCUCGGCGGGCGCAUCCAAGGCGCCGAAGCAGCCGUGGAAGCACGCGACGAUCGCGUCGUGGGCGUCCAUCCAUCUUGCGCGGAGCCUGAACACCAUACGUGCGUGCAAAGACGCGAUGUGGGAUGCGUAUCUGGAGGGAAGGGGAUUUGGGCAGCGGAAGGAGGCGGACGAGGGCCAUCUGCGAGAUGACUUUGAGACAGCGUGGCAAAACUGGGAGGCCGACAUGAAGGACCGCAUGUGCAUGCGAGCGAAGCUUCACGAGGCCUUGACAUGGGUAGAGCCUGGCACCAGUGAGCAACCCAACUGGAAGGUCUGGCGUGAGCGCGCCAACGUAAUGGAAAUGAUGGAGUUCCAAGAUCCUUUCGGAUACUAUAUCUCUCCAGAGAAUCUAUGCAGGAGCAUCAAGGGAUUUGUUGGCUAUAAGCCAAAGGCUUGAUCAUAUCUGACUCUUCGUUGCAGGGACUAGAUCUAAGUAUCCAUUUAUGCCGCAUUGUAUUACGAUCUACUUUUACGAUUGUACAUAGUUUUAUCCUAGUGCUUCCGCCCUAUAUAUGCUGACAGGAAGAAAAGUCAACUCAUGUACUUACGAAUGGGCCCAGCUUUGGUUUGUCCCGGUAUGACGCGUCUGGUACGCGUCAACGGUACAGUGCGCACGUGACCCUGUAUUUUCGCGACCUUCCUGCUCAUCGCAGCAGUCGAUCGCAU